AUGGUACCCGAGUUCGCAGUGGGGAAACCUGGUGGUCCUGCUGGCCUGCACGGUGGUGACGGCUGUUUGUGCUGGGGCUCGUUGAUUGACAACUACGGACGUUGCAACGGCCUCUUCUGGUCGGCCGCCAUCACCAUGGUGGCCGCAGGGCUGCAAGGCGGCGCGGUCAACAUUGCCAUGUUCUGCAUCGCGCGCGUCAUCAUCGGGUUCGGGACGACGGCGUCGGUGAUUGCCGGAUCGGCGUACCUCGCCGAGACGCUGCCGUGGAACAAGCGCGCGUGGGGCCUGUGCCUCUUUGACGACUUCUUCUACGUCGGCGCCCUGGUCGCCUCGGGCGUCACGUACUCGACCUACAAGAUGGAGAGCACGUGGUCGUGGCGCCUCCCGUCGCUGCUGCAGGGCGCCUGGGGUCUCCUUUGCAUCCUGCUCAUCCCGCUGGUGGCCGAGAGCCCGCGCUGGCUGAUCGACCAGGGCCGGCCGACCGAGGGUCUGCUGGUGCUCGCCCGCAUCAACGCCAACGGCGACACGCGCGACGAGCUGGUGCGCCUCCAGUUCUGCCAGAUCGUCGAGACGAUCGGCUACGAGCGCGACCCCAUGAGCUACAAGGAGAUGAUACGCAACCGCGGCGCCAGGGUCAGGUUGAUCAUCACGGCGACCUGCGCCAUGUUUUCGAUGCUCACGGGGAACAUUGUUGUCAUGUACAACAUUGGGGACAUGAUGAACAACGUGGGGGUCGGCGACAGAGAGGUGCAGCUGAUACUGAACGUCGGCCUAAACGCCCUCUCGCUCGUUGUUUCCAUCAUGGGGAGCUUCUUCGUCGACCGAUUCGGAGUCAAGUGCGUCACCUUGAUCAGCACGGGCGGGGUGUCGAUCUCGCUCUUCCUGCUGGGCGCCCUGACGCGAUACUACGGCAACAGCACCGAGAGCGCGGGCGUCUGGGCCGCCGUCUUUGCCAUUUUCCUCUUUGCCGGGUUCUACGCGUUCGGCUGGAUCCCCAUCCUGUUCCUGCUGCCGGCCGAGAUGCUCUACUUUCGCAUCCGCGCCCGGGGCAUGGCCAUGUUCAGCUUCGUGGUCUGCGCCACCGGCAUCUGGGGCAACUUUGCCUUCCCGGCCGCCCUGGUCGCCAUCGAGUGGCGGCUGUGGAUCAUCAACGGCGCCUGGAACCUGGCCUUCCUCGUGUUUAUAUGGUGGUUCUGGAUCGAGAUUCGGGGCAAGACGCUAGAGGAGAUUGACGUUCUGUUCGAUGGCAAGAAGCACUUUGACGUGCCCAACAUCCAGGAGGUUCUCGACGGGACGACUGACGAUGCGUGGAAGAAGAGGAAGCGUGGAUAUUGGCAAAUAACAUUUUCGUGCUCUUUUGAUCAUCCAGCAGGUUCAAUACGGAGUGGGGCGUAG